AUGGCGCCAAAUCACACGUCCUCCUCUGCUACACCCAGGGUCGAGACCACACCCUCACCAUCUCGUUCCGAAAAGAGCCAGACCCGACGCCCUGGAGCAGUCAAGUCGUCGCGCACGCUCUCCAACUCGUCCAUUCCGACGCUUUCGACCACGCGCCUCGCUCGACAACCUUCGCCCUCCACCUCCAAUGCUCAACACAUGCAGAACUCGCCACUGCCCAGUCGCCGACCCGCGCGCUCCGGCAUCUGCCCCUCGUCUUCUCGUCCAGCACUGAUCACUGCGGCAGCGCAGGAUCCUUCGCAAGAUCACCAUCGAAGCGACUCUGGCAGAUCCACCGGCUCAUCGCGUUCCACUGCCACCACAGACAGCUUCUUCCUGCCACAGCAUCCCCACACGCUCAGUCGCCGCUUCAAAGAUCUUCCGAGACCGCCAUCCUCUUCUGCGAUCGUGGAUGCCUCCAAGCAGCAUGCUCGUGCCUCUGUUCUUGGCAUAGAUACGGCCAUAGACCCAGCCGCGCCUUCGGCUGUGCUGCCCUCAGCGCAUCUCUUCCGUACGAAGAGCUCGGUCAGCACCACCCCGACCAGCCCGGAAGAAGGAAAUGGCUCCUCUCUGGGAGGUCCCGAUUUUCCACCUCAGCAAGAUGAUGACGGCAAGCUUACAGCUCAAGACCGAGUCCUGGACGACUUUUGGCGCUCAGAGUACUCGAACGCUCCACCUUCGACGGAUCCUCUGCAGUCCUCUUUGCCGCCUUUGAUGCUUUCGGAUGCACCGAUCGCCCCUUCGCGCUCACAGUCGCUCGAAUUUUUUGCUGCGCCUCUGGACGCGGACCGCAUUGACAAAGCUCCCGAGGAUGAUCUUCUACUCCAGGACCAAGGCACAUCUAUUGGAUCUGCGACACCUCUGGUCGCGGCAAACCUGCAAAAGCUCGACUUGCAGAACGACGACAGCGCCGUCAGUCCCAUAGAGGCUUACAGGCUCUCCUCUCCUGUCCUCUCCUCGCCCAGUGGGGCUCCUACUCCAACCAAACGCAGUGAUGACGGUCGACCUCGCAUUUCUCCCUAUCAGCACUUGGUCACACCAGCGAGUCCAUCCAGCGCCCCAAUCGAGCCCAAAUCAUUCCCCAGCAAGUCCAGCUCCAGCCUGUCUUCUUCGUCCGCUCACGAUCAUGACAAGACCGCGUCCGCGCACGCGUCCAAGCGCUCCUCCACCUCGUCCAGCAGUUCCUUCCGCAUGACGCUUUCCAGGCAAGCGAAGUCCUUGCGCAGCUCGUUCCUGUGGACUACGCCCACCAGCGCCACAACACCGUCUCCAGGCCGAGAGCAGGUCACAAAUAGUCCUGCGUUGAGUGGGACAAGUUCGUCUACCCCGGCCUCACAAGCCUCCUCUAGUCCAAGUUUGGCAGGCGCCAGCCCUCAUCCGACUACCGACGAGCUUUCCUCGACGGACUCUUCGUCGCAGCGCAACAUUGCUACCCAAGGAAUUGCUGGCAGAAGGACCGUCUCUGCUGUGACGCCGGGCAAGAGUCCUGCGCGCACCGCAUAUUCGAGCUCCUACAUACCUCAAUCCAGACCAUCAGAGCCCAGCAGUCGACUCGAUGCGAGGUCCAAAACAUCGCCACCCAGGACCAGCAUAGGUGCAAGCUCCGCGUCGAAAGAACCCACCGACUACGGCAGAUCGGAGGAUCGACCCAAGUCGCGUCUGUCGUCGCGUCUCACGCUUCACGGUGCUCAAUGGUCGAUGAAGAUGUCCCAUCUGACUACCAAGAAGACAAAAGAUGCAGCGCUGUCCAAGUCUGCGUAUUCGCAGACCGCGGUGGAAGCGAGCUCCCGCACUGUCGGCAGGCAUGCGAAGAGUCAAGCAGCGGCAUCCCCUGCAGCCAAAGCUUCGUCCGCCCCUGUCCUGAACGGAGCGUCACAGGAGACAGGAAAGGACUCAUCCGUGGCCCAAGCCCCGAAGCGACCCGGACCUCUUCCCAUCUCAUCGCCGCCGUUCAAUGGAAACCAAGGAUCGAGCACAGCCGCUCAGAUCUCCCCUUCAUUUGCGGCCUCGUUCGCAUUCCUCAACAGCCAGAUCGAGUCUCCGAUGCCGUCACCGGCUCUCUCGACUUCAGCGCUGCCCCCGUCCUCAGCUGCUCCCGCGUCGGUCGAGGACCUAGCCGUUGUCAAGGAUCACUUCAACCUCGUCCCAUCGGCGAACACAUCCGCCCCAGUGGACCCAACCAUCGGCAACAGCUUCGACACCGUCGCUCGAGCCGCCCUCUUUGAUCAGCUCGCCGACUCGCCAGAGGCGGUCUACAAGACGCUCGCCUUCCCCGAGCCUGCGACCAUGCCCGCCUCGCAAUCGCUCGGCAGCGUCGCCGCCUCCUCCGCCAACGCAUCACGGAAGAUCGGUCACAAGAAGCACGCCUCGCUCGGUUCGACUGCCUUGAUCACCAAGUCGGCACGUGCCGCAGCUGCAGACCUGGACAAGCGUGCCGUUGCGACACCUGUCGUCUCCUCUGGGCUGCCCUUGUUCAAGGGGCACUUGAUCGCAUCUUCCAACACUUCCAUGAUCGCGCCAUCUUUCGCUUCCCCCAAGGAGGAAGGUCGCUUCUUUGACGCUCUCACCUCGCCUUUCGAAGAGCAGCCGCCCGGAGCAAAGACUCAGAACGGGGCUGUCCUACCUGCGUAUGACACGGCUGGGGAGUUCUUCCCGUCCGUGGGCACCGAAUUGACCUCUCUGAUGCAUGAUCGUGCGCCUGCGUCGGGACAGGCGACAUCAACCGUGCCGCAGCUCAGUAGAACGUCGCUGGGCCGCCGUCUUUCUGGCGUAUUUGAUUCAACCAAAGCUCGCGCUACUAGGAAGAACGCGGUCGCUUCUCCUCCGCAGAGCCCUCGCGUGGAAUCCACCCGAAUGGAUGCGUUGCCAACCAGACCGGAAACCAGCCUAGGCUUCCAUCUCCGCAAUCCCUUGCGUAGGGACCGCAAGGAGUCUCUCAAGACGGUCCGACCGCCACCGCCCUUGCCGAAGGACGACAUGCAGAGACCUGCAUCGACGAAGAACGGAUCUGCUGCGUCUACCCCUCGUAUGGUGUCGUCUGGCUCCAGAGCCGAGCCAUUCUCUUCAGCAAGGAAGGAGCUCCCUCGUUCGGGCACAUCGCUCGGCUUUACGACUCCGGGAAGGAAGACAUCUCGCGAGUUUAGCAGCAGGAUCACAGCUCCAACGAAGAGCUCCAUCGCCAGGAGCGUGCAGCCUUCUCCGGCUUCAGCUGCUCGCCCGACAGUGAGAUCCACGUCUGCCUCGUCUCCGAGCGCCGCUACCUCGGCUUCUAUCUCGCGCUCGCCCCAACGACCCGCCUAUCCUCCUUCUUCCUUCCGUUCGGGCUCCUCGACUGCACGACUCUCUUCCUAUGCCAACGAGUCGCCUUCCAAGACUGCGACGGAGGCGUCCAGCUUCUUGUCUAGACGUCGACAGCCUUCGACGGAGGACGCGACAGCUUCGCUGACAUCCAUUGUGAAUCGAGGCACAUCAUCGCAGCCGCUCCAGGGCGUCACGACAGCACCUCCGCCAAGUCCGACCGAGGUGCGUCGCCGCACCACCACGCUCGACAGGCGUGUUCUGAACCCGAUCCGCACUUCGUUCGCGCAAGACCCCGUCAUUGUUCGUCCAGCCACCGCGAGCGGCUUCCGUGGUCCUUUGACUGCUCAGGAUCGCAAGAUGAGCCAGCCAACCCUCGACAUGCUGGACGAUCGCGAGUUCCUCGAGGCACUCGAGCAGGUCCGAGCUGUGCAGCGCGAGCGCAUUCAGGCCCAAGCCCAGGAGGUGGAAAACAAAACACGCCUGGCUCGUCUCGGGAUGAUGUCCGGCAACCACCUCAAGACGAAGAGCCCGGUCUCGAUGCUCGAUGGCGCAGAUCUGAGCUCCUCCUCGGCUAGAAGGAGUAACGACAGCGGCGAGAGACAAGAGGUUGAUGGUCGUGUUGCCCGCCCGGCUCACGUACCUUCCAGACCCAGGCUACCUCACAGACGGUCCGCCAGUGCGGACGCCAAGCUGAGCCGGUCCAAAUCGGCGUUCUCGACCUCUCCAGAGUCAGAGAAGGCCCUUGACCAGCGGCAGAAGGACAUCGUCAAGGCGUACGCCGACAAAGUUUCCCCUUCCCUUGGCGCGCCGACGACGGGUCUAGAAUGGGGCGUCGGCAAAGCCAGUGGCAAACUCCACGACGGCACCUUUGUCAACGACGACGACUGGAAAAAGGAAGUCAAGGCGCUCUUCCUCAUCCGAGAGCUAGUGCAGACCGAGAGGAGCUAUGCGCGACACCUCAGUAGCCUUCUCAGCGUCGUCAGCAAGAUGCAGGUCCCUUCGAACGGCAGCUCCCAUCUUUUGGGUGCGAAGCGCAAGUCGACCAGCAACCUAUUUGCGGCCUACUCGUCCGCCUACGCGAACAAGACGUCAGCCAACUCCGCGCCUCCGAGCCACGUCGCAUUGCUUAAGUCGCACUUGCCACAGCUGAUUGCGCUCAGCAACUCGCUCGUCCAGCGUGUCGAGGAGAACCCGACGAGCGCUGGCGUUGGUGCCGCUUUCGACGUGCUGUCCGCCGAGCUCGAGUCGACCUUUGUUAGCUGGUCGAGCGUUGCAUCUCAGGCCCUCAAGGAUCUAGGCAAGACGGAGCAGGCCAAGACCAAGUCGCCGUACAAGAUCGGCUUGGUACCGCUUAUGCCUCGUGAGUCGGCCGAGGUGGGCGCUUCGACUGGCGAAGCGUUGAGCAGCAGCGGACACUCGUCGCCUGGAUCUGGGUUCAAGAGUUCGACACUGCGCAUGACGUCGCUCACACGGCCCGCUUCGCCGGUUGCUGUUCGACAAGAGCCAGCAACGAUCGCAUCGGGCCAGACGGAGCAAGCAGCUACAUCGGCAGUGAGCAGGUCGACAAAGCGCCGCAGCACCAUCACGAGCACCAGCUUCAUUCCGCCUCCUCGUGUUGUUGUAGCUCCCCCUGUCGAUACACCCGUGGUCUUUUCUUCGAGCCCGGAGCAGGAGAAAAGUCUCGAAUCAUCCAAUUCGACAUCAUCGCGACGCUUCAACCACUCUCGCAGCCAAUCGACCCUGGUCACCCCUCUCCAAACGCCCACGUCGGCGACCGCACCCGAUUCGUGGCACCAUCCACCCCCUGGUAGCAAAAGCCUCACGCCGAUGGACAUUGCCAUCAUGCCCACGCAGCGCAUCCCGCGCUACGGCCUCAUGCUGCGCGAUCUUCUGCGCAACACACCGCCGGAAUCCUUGUCGCAUGCUCGGGUGCAACGGGCCAUCUCGUUGAUCCAGAAGGUGGCGCUGCUAUGCGACUCGGCUGCGCCCGUGACGGGGGUGAAGACGGCGCCGAGCUCGGGCGCUGCUACGCCGAUGCGCGCGGGUAGCGUGCUAGGUAUGACACCGACCGUGGAGGUGCCGCUGCUGACGGCGGGGACGUUUGGGUUGACGAGACGCGCCUGA